AGCACAGAAAUUUCCUUUUGUUUUCGCCAUUUCGAGGUAAUUCUUAAUUCAGUGUAGUGAAGUUAUAAUUUGCAGUGGCUAAAAUCAUGCCAGCCCAAGAUAUGAUUCUGGUGAAGGAAGAUGUUGUCAUUUCGGGUAUAGGUGGAUAUUUUCCAGAGUCGAUAAAUAUUGAACAGUUUCAAAAGAACCUUCUGGACAAUAAGGAUUUGGUUGGCACGCGUUGGAGGCAAGGUGAAAGAGGAGUAAGCAACAAAGUGGGAACUGUGUCCACUCAAUAUUUUGAUAAUGCCUAUUUCGGAAUCCAUCGACAACAAUGUACUUUCAUGGAUCCCAUGCAACGUUUGGUGCUGGAACGUACAUUCGAAGCCCUUAUAGAUGCGGGUGUGAACCCGACCGAAGUCAAAGGAAAAAGGAUUGGAGUGUUUAUGGGAUCGGCAAUAGGUGAAAAUGAUAAUCUGUUUCUGGAGUCCAUCGUGUCAGGAUUUGGAGUCACUGGACACUCCAGAGCUAUGAUGCCCAACAGGGUAUCAUAUUGGCUAAAUUUGAAAGGUCCUAGUGUAGCGUAUGAUGCCAACUGGAUCAGUGGAAUCGAAGUGAUUCGUUUAGCUUAUGAUGCCAUUAGAACUGGCCAAUGUGAAUCAGUUAUCGUUGGAACUGCUAAUUUAGCCCUAAAUGCCGAAUUUCAAUGGCUAUAUUCGGACAUGGGCCUUUUGUCACCAGACGGAAGCACCAAAGCAUUCGAUGUCGACGCCAAAGGCUAUACUCGAUCGGACGGGGUAGUUGUCCUCUAUAUUCAGAAGGCUUCUGACGCGAGACGGUCUUAUGCAAGCAUAGUUAAUGUUGAAACAUUAUUUGACGGUAAUCGUGAAGGAAACAUACAAAAUCUUUCGGUUCCGAACAUGGUGGAUUUUAUCUCAAAGUUCUAUGAAAAAAUAGAUGUAAAGCCGGAAGAAGUUGAAUUUGUAGAAACCUAUGGAUGCGGCCAUAAAGUCACAGACGAAAAGGAGCUGGAUGCUCUGGAAAGAGCAUAUUGCAAGAAGAGGAACAAUCCGCUUUUAAUUGGAUCAGUGAAGACCAACACUGGACACAGUGAGGCUUCAGCUGCCAUGUUUUCCAUUGCUAAGGUUCUAAUUGCCAUGGAACAAGGCAUAAUUCCAGCAACGAUUCAGUUCGAAAAUGCGAAUCCUAAUAUCAAAGGACUUUUGAAUGGAAAUUUGCAGGUUGUUUCCAAAAACAGACAGUGGAAUCCAAAAUAUGCGGCCGUUAAUGCUUUGGGAUUAAACUCGUAUUAUGGACAUUUGUUGCUUAAGGCCAAUCCACAAAAUAAGCGCAGUAUAUCCGAAGAUAUUCCCAAAUUAGUAGUUGCAUCCACGAGGACUGAAGAUGGAAUCAAGGACAUUUUGCAGCAGUUCAAAGAUAAAAGUACUGAUGUGGAGUUCAUCCAACUUUCUCAAGACUUGUUUGCAAUGCCGAUUUUGGGCCAUCUUUAUCGCGGAUAUACAUUGGUGGGAGCCGACGAACCGAAACAUGAGGUUGAAUAUCACCAAGGAACAAAGCGGCCCAUUUGGUUUGUGUUCUCUGGAAUGGGAUCUCAAUGGUGCGGUAUGGUAGGUGACUUGAUGAAAUUUCCUACCUUUGCUGCUGCAAUUGAUAAAUGCCACAAUAUUCUGCAAACUAAAGGCAUCGACUUGAAGCACAUUAUUUCAACAUCAGACAAAACUGUAUUUGACAAUAUUCUGCAUUCAUUUGUGGGGAUCGCUGCCAUUCAGAUUGGACUAACUGAUAUCCUCAAAGCUGUGGGUAUAGUACCAGAUGGAAUUAUUGGACACUCAGUAGGAGAACUGGGUUGUGCUUAUGCUGAUGGAUGUGUUACUGCCGAAGAAAUGAUUUUAGCGGCGUAUUCAAGAGGAAGAGCUUCGCUUGAGGCCAAGUUAAUUCCUGGAAUGAUGGCUGCUAUUGGAGUUGGAUACAACACCAUCAAGAACAAAUUGCCCCCUACUAUUGAGGUGGCGUGUCAUAACGGCCCAGACAGCGCCACACUUUCCGGCCCUCGCGAAGACAUGGAGAAAUUCGUUGCAGAACUACAAGCACAAGGAACAUUUGCCCGAUUGGUGAACGUUUCCAAUAUCGCAUAUCACAGCCAGUACAUUAAACCGGCUGCGCCCUAUGUUCUCAAGUAUCUGAAAGAAAUUAUCCGCACACCAGUUAAAAGAUCAUCCAAGUGGAUUUCUACAUCUAAUCUGGAAGAGAACUGGAACACCGAGCUGGCCCUACAUUCUUCAGCAGAAUACCAUACGAACAAUUUGCUCAGCUCCGUAUAUUUCGAAGAGGGGUUGAAACAUAUUCCAAAAGAUGCCAUUCUGAUUGAAAUUGCUCCCCAUGGUCUGUUGCAAGCCAUAUUGAAGAGAUCAGUGAAAUCUGGUUGUACCAACAUUCCACUUACUCAAAGAGGUUCGAAGAGUGCUGUCGAAUUUUUGUUAACAGCAUUAGGAAAAAUGUACUUGGCGGGUAUGGAUCUUUCCAUUGCAAACAUUUACCCACGCGUACAGUAUCCAGUUGGAAGAGGUACCCACUCAUUGGCUUCGCUGGUGCAUUGGAAUCACACUGAAAUGUGGAGAACUGGUCUAGAAGACAAGCUUCAUUCCUUAUUCAGUAUUAUCGAUUUGCAAGUGACGCUUAACAGUGAAGAAUUUCGUGAAUGCGUUGGCCAUCAACUGGAUGACGAUAUUAUAUUACCCUGCAGUUUUUACUUGAAUAUUGCCUAUCAGAUGGUUGCAAACAUCAGCACUGAACGCAAAGAAAUCGUUUUUGAGAAUUUGCAUUUCAAAAAAACACUCACCAUCCCCAAAAUUGGGUCUGUUCCACUACAUGGAAUGGUUCAAAAGGGAUCUGGCGAAUUUGAAAUCUCUUCGAACAAGGAUAUUAUUGUUACCGGAAGGAUGACUUUCCCACAAGCAAACGAAAAAUUCAUGGUAGAGCCAAACAACAUAAAAAUUGAUGGAGAUCACGUUAAACUUUUGGGAAGUGAUGUUUAUAGUGAAUUGCAACAUCGAGGUCAUAAAUAUUCGGGCUUGUUCAAGUCCAUUAAAAGCUUGGUUUUAUCUGAAGAAGGUUCUUCUACUUCUAUUCAAUGGAACAAUAAGUGGACAAUGUUUUUGGAAGCUAUGAUCCAGCAACAUCUGUUUCAAUGUGGUGAACGGGAUCAAGAUAUAUUUGUCCCCAAAACUAUCCAGAAGGUUUGCAUAGAUCAACAGCUUUUACCCAGUGAGAAAAUUGAUCUGAAGGUAGAUUACAUCUAUGCAACCAAAAUACUUUCAACUGAGGGCUUGCAACUCAUCGGCAUGGAAGCUGUUACUCUCGAAAGAGAAACAAAGAAAAUGUACAUCGAUUCCGUAGAGUAUGUGCCCUUAAAUAACUCAGAGUACCCUAGGAUGGAAACGGGUAUUUGCAUGGCACUGGAGCUGAUGUUGGCGAACUUUUCCGAUCAGUACAUUUCGAAUGUUAUGAUUACGGAACUUGCAAGCACAAACCCUCUUUUGCAAUAUAUUAAUUCGGCAUUGAAUCAAUACACCAAACUAAAUCCCAAUAUUGUGACUGUAAGUGAUGCUAGGCAAGUAGUCGUUCAGACAGCGUAUCCCUUAUUAAUAAUCAACAACGGACCAAUUAGUGCGGAAUUGGCUAAAAUUGUCUCUUCCUCUCAUGCAUUCUUGUUGGCAAAGAUGGAUAAAAAUAUUUUAUCUCACCCAGAUGUUAUUGAAGUUGCUAACUUUACCCAUCAGGGGCAACAAUAUUCGAUUUUAAGAAAGGCCAUAGAACCUGAAGUAAUCAUUGUCAAUGUGAAAGGGGAUGUUUUGAGUUUAAACGACCUAAAGCGUUCUUCUGUUCCCUGGGUAACAGAGCUUUUCAAAGCGGUGGAAAAUGUUUCAUCCCCAAAUAAAAGAGUGUUUCUCUCAACAUCCUUAAUUCCUUUAGAGGGAUUUAACAAUUUCUUGCAGGAGCUAAAAUCACACAACAAUAUGGACAAAGUAAGAGUCCUGGUGAAUUUGGACAAAAAUGCAAAUGUGGACUUGAAGGCCCUUUACUCCAAAGAUUUAAUUUUGUCUAUUGUGAAGGACGGAGCCAUGAACGCAUAUCUUUCGAUUCCAGUGACAUUUAAAGAAAACAUUUUUAACGAUUCAACGGCAAACAACGUUGUUAACAAUAAGACCAUCAGUUAUUUAGGGCUCAAUUUGAGGGACGAGACCAUUAAUACAGGAACUGAAAAACCACAGGAAUUAGGUAACAUCGAUUAUUCGGGUACUCUAAACAAUGGUUCUGGAAUCAUGGGCCUAGCUACUUUAGACAAAGAUACUUGCACUUUGGUACCGGAUCCAAUUCUGAACUGGCCUAUUCCGCAAAACUGGAGCUUGGAGGACGCUGCAACUGUGCCCUAUGCAUUUUCUGCUGCUUUUCACGCUUUGUGUAUCAAAGGAGAAUUGAAAUCCGGAAAUACUGUGCUGAUCCAUGCUGCGUGUUCACCGAUUGGCAUGGCUGCUAUUGCAAUAGCUCAUCAAUAUGCAUGCACUAUUUAUGCAACUGUAUCUACAGAUCAACAACGAGAGUACAUUAAAAAGAAAUUUAGAACUCUAUCUGAUCGGCAACUCUUUAGUUCCGACAAUCAGACUUUUGAGCCACACCUGCUGAUGGCUACUGGAGGCCGAGGAGCAGAUAUAAUUCUCAAUUGCGUUUCGGGAAGUUUAUUGCAAGCCUCACUAGCGUGCAUUGCGGAUUUCGGCAAAUUUUUGCAAAUAGGAAAAUAUGACUUGGAAGAAAACAACAGCAUAGGUAUGUUUCCCUUCUUGCGCAACGUUUCGUUUUACGCAGUUGACUUGAACAUUGCGGCUCAAGAAGAUGAAGUUAAGGAAAAUAUUAAGAAACUAAUCGAAGGUGCAAUUGAAAAUCGUGUGGUCACACCGAUUUGGCGAAUCGUCUAUAAUAAUCAAGACGUGGGAACAAUAUUGAACAAUAUCAAGAAAGCCAGUAAUAUAGGAAAAGCCCUUUUAAACCUAGAAAACAAUGUUCCUCUUAGCAAGCUGAAUGUUAAAAGACCGAAUCAGUUUAUUUGCCACACCAAGAGCUCAUACUGGAUAUAUGGUGGAACUAUUGAACAAUGGGCUGAUAUUACUGAAUGGUUAGUUCUAAGAGGAGCCAAGAAAGUUGUAGUUUCCGCCGAUUGCAAAGCACAGUCAAACUGCAUUAAUAGACGAUUAUCGUUGCUACAGACCUAUUUCAACUGUGACAUCAUUUUUGCUCCAAAUAAAGCUCAUACUAAGGAAGGAGCAGGCGAACUUUUGUCAGAAGUACGUUUCUUGGGUCCCAUACACGCUGUGUUCGUACUGCCUCAGAUCAAAACUAGUUCGGUUUCCAAAGUCAGCGACAUAAAGACCGUGCAGUACAUUGACAACGCUUUAAGACUGACUGCUCCAAAGGCGCUGUUUGUCAACUUUAUUAACACUGCUUCUGGUGUUUGCCAAUUGCGAAGUGAUUCGGGAUACCCAACGUUUAAUAUCCAGUGGCUGAAGGAGUUGGAGUUUGGAGACGUCCUAUCUGGAUUGGACAAUAUUCUUUCGCUCCGAGUAAAGAAUAUUCUGAUUAACAAUGAUAAAGUGAGUGAAUCCAAGCAGGAAAGUACUCAGGCGCUGUUUAAAAAACUUGCUCAAAUGCUUCCCAGUUCAGCAAAGGAACUAAGUGCUCAAGUGAAAGAAGCUCCAGAGGAACCAGAAAUAAUUCAAUUGGUCACUGAAGGUCCUCAAGAACUUCGCGAAUUGAUUCCACUAUUUAUCAUUCCCGGUCUAAGCACCGAAAAUGAAAUAGAAGAACUAGCUAGGUUCCUGUUGUUGCCCACCUUCUGUGCGGUUUUGCCAAGUACUCCCAUGAGCAUCAAGGAACUAGCUGAGAACUACGCAGCCCAAAUUCGUUCGAUUUGGCCCGAGGGUCCGUUUAAUUUGGUAGGAAUCUCUUGGGGAGGUGUUCUUGCCACGGAGAUAGCCAACAUUUUGAAUAAGCAUUCAAAGGUGUACCUGUACUUUAUAGAUAGUGCACCUUCAACUUUACAAUCAGCCAUCCAUCACUUGGGCGAACGGACUGAGAUGGAGGUUAAUCUGUUGACUAGAAUCUUCGUUAACAAUGAUGCACAGUUCCUCAAAAAGUUGCAGUCUGCUAAGGAUUGGAACGCAAGAAUCGCAUGCGUUUUGAGCUCCUAUGAAGCCGAUGUAGAGGAUAAAAAAGCUUUGGAAGUGGGUUUGUUGCUACUUCGUAAUAGACUACAGGAUGUGAUGCUGUUCCGACCGGAUGGUGAAUUGAUUAGUGGCACCAGUCACUUAAUUCGACCGAGCGAUUGUAGUCAGUACGAUAAUUGUGACUUAACCCUGUAUCUGAAGCAAAUUCCGUUGAUUCGUCUGGUCAAUGGGGAUCACCGCACUAUCAUCAAAAACAAAGACACAGCGGAAUAUAUCAACGAAACUUUCCAGUUAAUUUAAUUUAUUUUAUGGGUUUUGUCAAUGUAACGGAAUAAACUGUUAUGGGUUUUGCCUA